AUGGUUGAGACUUUGACAGGUAGUAGAACACUUGAGUGCAUUGGGAAAUUGAAAGCAGCAUCAGAAUUGCAUGUUUAUUCUCUUCUCCUGACUGCAGAAGGUCUUUACACGGUUCUUGAUGAACAAAUUCCUCCUCAACCUGACCUAAAUGAUUUUGAGGCAUAUGAGGAGAUGCAGGAUUUCCUCAAGAGGAACUCUAAAGCAUCACUUUAUAUCAUAGGGUCAUUGGAAAAGUCAGUAUUAGACUCAGUCAAGGAUAUACAUACCUUAGGGGGUAAAAUAUAUAAGCUUGCUGAAUUAUUCAACAGACAGCUGACACAUGCACACUCUGAUGUAGUGAGUCAGAUUCAUAACUACAAGAUGUCUCAAGGGACUCCAGUGAUGGACCAUGUCAUAAAAAUGAUUAAUCUAUUUGAGAAACUGAAAUCCAUGGGGACCAGAUUUGAUCUGCAGUACAAGACUGAUGUGAUCUUGGCAUCACUUACUUCUGCCUAUGCAUCCUUUAAGAUGUCUUAUAAGAUGUCAGAUAAGUAA